AUGCAGCAACAAUCAUCAAUAUCUGUUGCAUCAACAUCUAUUGUGCGAACAUAUCCAUCUCAGACACAUGCACCAGUAAUACAACUUCCUGAUGUUUCAUCAACUACUGUACCAACAACAUCUCGCAGUGAUUCUCCAGUAGUAUCAAAUCCAGUUAGACAAAAUGGUAAACGUCGUUUGGCUUCACAGUUACAACAGCAACAUUCAACAAAAAGAAGUGGCAUUUGA